AUGAAGCAUUUUCUAUUCAUUCUCCUUUUCAUCACUGUACUGUUCGUUGAUUACUCAAUUGAACAACCUGUAGAUGACGAUCAAGACGUUACAGGUGAAACUGAUGGAAACACUUUGCCAACCGCACCUGCGACAACGACAACAACAACUCCUUGGUGGACACGAACAUUUCCAAUCAUUCCACCACGUACAGUAACACCACCUCCUAAACGACCACUUAAAACAACUACGCCAAUCAAUCGUGUUUCGCCUACGGUCACAAUCGUUGUUCCAGUAGUUCUAUUUGCUAUUACACUAAUCGCUGGUUUUGGUCUUAUUGCUUAUGCAUCGUUCACAAGUGGCAAUGGCGUGUCUUGUCUUACUCGUACGAACUAA